AUGACAACUAAGAAAGCUAAAGUAGAGCCUAAGCUGCUAACACAUGAACAUUUUGAUCCUCUACACUUGGCGUACAGCGGGACUACCUUGAGCCAAAUUCAGAAAGACAUUGCCUCUCUCCUCCAACACCGUCUAUGUCCCGAGAAAUCUCUUCUAGACGAUGCACUUCUGUCAUACUUCACCGAAUUUGCCUAUACAUGCAAGCUUAACUCAAUUCCAUAUCACAAGUUCUACUAUGCUCACCGGCUUUCUCGCCUCUUGCUACACAUCAUCAGCACUGGGGAAUAUAAUAUAGAUGAGCUCAGAGCUGCACUGUUGUCAAAGUUAAACAAUCUCCAGAGUCCACUUGUCGGUCUGACCUAUGACUUGAGUGACAUAACCAAUACAGAGUAUGAGAACGCCUCUGACCCCUUAAUAUUUGACGAUAACCACGAUCCUGUCAUAUAUAGGGACCAUCUGAUGGCUGUGGAGUGCUAUAAUACACUCACUGGCAUUAAUAAGCAAUCUCCAGAACCUACAGGACAGGUCAAGCCAGGAGCCAAAUCAAAAGCUCCUCCAAUAGAAGCAAAGCGAUAUGCAUUUACUCUAAGCCCGCAAGAGGCAGACUUGCUUGCACAACUGUACAGCCCGCUGCUACAGUGCCAUAUGUUAUGGAGACAGUGCUUUGUGCAUCAGAAAGUGUUUAUAAGAGGGACUGAGCACGUGCCUGUUCCGAAUAAUCCGCAGAUACUGUCACUUCCUCCUUUGGCCGGUGCAUAUCCGUACAGAAAGCUCUCACCUCUUGAUGCAAAGAUAGUGAGUGUGGCUCGUCCAAAAGCGGCAGAGCUGUAUCGAGACAUGAAGAAGUUCAUAGAAUCUAAAGCGAUUGCAUCAACUGAAGGAUCUCAGUGA